GGUUAAUUUGAAAGCUAUUCUACUUAUAUCAUCAUCUUUCUUUCCAUUCUCCUUCUCACUUGGCUUGACCAAAGCAAAGAAGAAAACAAAAGUUCAGAGCAGUCUCAAAACCCCCAUUUUCAAAUCCUUCUCUGCUUGAAUAUUAUCAAACUAACCUCAUGCUAAAAUGGCUUCUAAAGCUGUAGGCCUUCUUGUCUGUGCUCUCAUUUUGGCACUGGAUAUUGUAGCAGGAAUUCUUGGGAUUAAGGCAGAAGCAGAACAAGAUAAGGAGAAGCAUUUGAGGUUAUGGUUGUUUGAGUGUAAAGAGCCAAGCCAUGAAGCAUUUGUGCUUGGUGGAGCUGCAAUUGGGGUGCUGGUGAUAGCUCAUUUGAUUGCCAACCUUGUUGGAGGCUGCAGUGUAUGCGCCACAGAUGAGAUUAAGAAUGCUUCCACUCGCAAGCAAAUCGCUAUUGCAUUUCUUGCCUUCACUUGGAUCAUAUUUGCAGUGGGAUUGGGGACACUUGUGAUUGGGACAAUGGCAAACAGAAAGUCUCGAGCAUCGUGUGGGAUGUCUCACCACAACUUUCUGUCAAUUGGAGGAAUUGCUUGCUUUGUUCAUGGGGCCUUUGCACUUGGAUACUAUGUCACUGCAACCAUGGCUACCUAAUCCUUAAUUCAUACACAUACAAAACCAUCAAUGCAUCAUAAUCUACGACCUGUCUCUCUUCAAUUCUUAUGUUUUGUUCCUUAAAUCCAUCUAAUGUUAAGUUAGUCCUAGGCUAAUUAAUGUUUUUAACCUCUGUCAAAUUACGAUGUUUAACGGUUCUAUCGUCCCACUUUCUUUGUCAUAUUUACUAUUUUAUUGGUUAAAUUAAGUAUGUUGUUGCUUAAAGUUUGA